AUGCAGAAUGCUAACAAGACAAUAGUGAAGGAGUUUCUUCUACUGGGAUUUUAUAGGCUGCAAGCAUUUCAUAAUGUAAUAUUCAUUGUUGUCCUACUGGCUUAUAUAAUAUGUAUACUUGGAAACAUCUCCAUUAUUGUUUUAGUUAGGACUCAUCCUACUCUUCAGGUCCCAAUGUACUUCUUCAUAACUACAUUUUCUGUUUUAGAAAUUAUGUUUGUCUCAGUAACUAUUCCAAAACUCUUAUCAAUCCUCUCCAAGGCUGAUUACAGCAUAUCUCUGAUUGGCUGCUUUAUGCAGAUGUAUGCUUUAAACUCUUUAGGAGAAACAGAAUGCUUUCUUCUUGCACUAAUGGUCUUAGAUCGAUACUUGGCUAUUAACAAUCCAUUGCGGUAUGCAACAAUUAUGAACAACAUGUUUUGUUGUGUGUUAGGUGCUCUUCCGUGGAUGGCUGGUUUUAUUAUUUCUUUUAUACCUGUAAUGUUCACAGUUAUUCUGGAGUACUGUGGUCCAAAUGAGAUUGAUCAAUUUUUCUGUGAUCUGGCUCCACUUCAGAAUUUGGCAUGUUCCGACCCAUUGAUCAGCAAUCUUGCCACUAUGUCAGCAGCCAUUAGCUCGGUGAUUUGUCCUUUUACUACAAUAGUAGUUCUCUACAUUAAUAUCAUAAGCAUUGUGCUAAAGAUAAACAGCUCUGCAGGGAAAAAAAAGGCAUUUUCGACAUGUUCCUCCCAUCUUAUUGUAGCCUGUCUGUUCUAUGGUACAGUCAUUAUUGUCUAUAUCAGGCCAAGGGGCAGUCAUUAUGAUAAAUUCCUUGCUCUAAUGUAUACCGUUGUCACUCCAAUGCUAAACCCCUUUAUUUAUACACUUAGGAAUACUGAAGUGAAAAAUGCUUUUAUAAAGAUAAGUAGGUUAUUCCAAAAGCAGUUUUCGUUGCAAUUGAGGUAUUAA